UUUGUCAAAAAGGACCACCUGCCCCAGUUUAAUGUCAAAAAGGACCACCUGUGAACGGAAAUGCCAAAAAUACCGUGGCGGCAGCACGGCCAGGCGACGCGUGGCGCCUGCCGCCGGAGCCGGUGGCGGCAGGGCCUGCCGCCGUCAGCCGUGGCGGCAUGUCCGCCACCGUGAGCCGGCCGUGAACGGCGCGCAGCCUGCCGCCCUUGCCGGUGGCGGCACGCCGACGUGGCAUGCCUGCCGCCGCCACCGGUGGAGGCAAGUGCUGCUGCCCCGACAGGCCUGCACAGCGCGCUGACGGCGCUGAUUUCCAUGUACUUUUUCGAAUUAUUGUACUGCUUUUUGGCUGAUUGCACUGAUUGAGGCAUGUUCUGCUAAAUUUUCCCGCCUAAUUCUCUCGCUCAGUUCGCUAUAAAAGCCAGCAUCGAGUGUGCCUAAUUCUCUCGCUCAGUUUGCUGAUAUCAUUUGGUACACAAGUGCUCAUACCUUAGCCAGCAUGAGUGUGCCUUGCUCAGACCAGGAUUUUAGACCGAUGAAGGGAAAGAAUGCAACUUUGCCGCCGGGGGUUAGAGCAGAGAGGUGUUGGUGCGGCCGCCUUGCGAAGGUGAAGGAAGUGGUGGAUUUUUCGGAUAAGUUCGGCAUGAAAUAUUUCAUGUGCGCAUACUACGAUCAUGAUCCACCCGCACAUACAAGUUCAUCGUCCUCGAGACCUGCGUCUCCGCCGCCCCUUUGCAACUGGUUUCACUGGAUAGACCAGGAGCAGCCGGAUUGGGCUCGCCGUGAGGUGGAGGAAAAACAGAGGCGUGCGUGGGCAAGGUUCCAUGAGGAGGAGCGUUUCGAAAAGGCUAUUGCUAAUGAUAAAGCAGAAAGAGAGAGACAGAUACAAAAAUUAAGGGCAGAGCAAGCUCGAAAUCGCGAGGUAAAUCAGAAGCGGAUGGAUGAUGAGGCUGCACGUAGGUAUGCAGAGGAAGAGGUGCGCAGGGAGGCCCGUGAAGCGGAAAGAAAGAGAUUAAGAGAAAGGGCUGCUGAGGCGCAGGCAGCAGAAGAACGCGGCGACAAGACUGGAAAAUGGCCACGCUGGACGCAGGGCAAAUAGAGUGAUCUGUUGUAGUAACUACGUAUUUUAAAUUCUGUUUUACUUUCGCGUUGUAUCUUAAAUUCCGUUGUAGUGAUUAGCCGUAUUUUAAUUUAAGUUAUAUUUCCAACUUUAUUUCGGCAGAUGUAUUAAUA